UGUAUGAGUAAACAUCCUCCCAAUAAUGAACAGACCAAUAAUGUCUUAAAAAGAAAAACAGAAUCUACAUUUUGUUUUUUUUAUUCUUGUGUGGAUUAUUCCUGCAUACAGGAUCUGAGAGUAUCAUGUUGACUGUCCAUAAAAUGCAGUUUAGCCUCUUCUUGCUGUUAUGGGGAUGGGUUUUGUCCACUGAAUGCAGAGCCCACUGGCAAGGAAAAGAAAUACACGAGGUAUACAAGAAGGGCAGUCGACCUCAAAGACAGAGACGGGAAGCACAUGGAGAAACACACAAGCAAGGCAGCCCCAUACUAAAACGAAGCCCUGACAUCACCAAAACUCCACUGACAAAGUCAGAACAACUUCUGAGAAUAGACGACCAUGAUUUCAGCAUGAGACCAGGUUUUGGAGGCCCUGCAAUUCCUGUUGGAAUAGAUGUACAAGUUGAAAGUUUGGAUAGUAUUUCAGAAGUUGAUAUGGACUUUACUAUGACCCUGUAUCUCAGGCACUACUGGAAAGAUGAAAGACUGUCCUUCCCAAGUACCAACAAUCAAAGCAUGACAUUUGAUGGCAGACUAGUGAAAAAGAUCUGGGUCCCUGACAUGUUCUUUGUGCAUUCCAAGCGCUCCUUUAUCCAUGAUACUACGACUGAUAAUGUCAUGCUGCGGGUCCAGCCUGAUGGAAAGGUGCUUUAUAGCCUCAGGGUCACCGUAACUGCCAUGUGCAACAUGGAUUUCAGUCGUUUCCCCCUGGAUACACAAACCUGUUCACUAGAAAUUGAAAGCUAUGCCUACACUGAAGAUGAUCUCAUGCUGUACUGGAAGACUGGGAAUGAUUCUUUAAAAACAGAUGACAGGAUAUCACUAUCUCAGUUCCUUAUACAGGAGUUCCACACCACCACAAAGCUUGCCUUCUAUAGUAGUACAGGGUGGUACAAUCGCCUGUAUAUCAACUUCACUUUACGGCGCCACAUCUUCUUCUUCUUACUCCAAACCUACUUCCCUGCCACUCUGAUGGUCAUGCUGUCCUGGGUGUCCUUCUGGAUCGAUCGCAGAGCAGUACCUGCCAGAGUCCCUUUAGGGAUAACAACGGUGCUGACCAUGUCCACCAUCAUCACUGGUGUGAAUGCCUCAAUGCCUCGUGUAUCUUACAUCAAAGCAGUGGACAUUUACCUUUGGGUCAGUUUUGUGUUCGUCUUCUUAUCAGUGCUGGAAUAUGCAGCAGUGAACUACCUUACUACAGUGCAAGAGCGGAAGGAGAGGAAGCUGCGAGACAAGCUUCCUUGUACCUGUGGAGUACCUCAACCACGGCCUAUGAUGAUGGAUGGAAACUUCAGUGAUGGGGAUGUGAAUGAACUGGGCCACUAUGUAUCUGAGAACGGUGAUAAGCAAGACAGAAUGAUGGUUCAGCUUUCACUUGGUUCUGAAAGGAGUUCGAACAGGAGGAAAAGUCCAAGAUACGUCAGCAUGCGGAUUGACACCCAUGCCAUUGACAAAUAUUCCAGGAUAAUAUUCCCGGGUGCAUACAUUUUAUUUAAUUUGAUAUACUGGUCCAUUUUUUCAUAAGUGUCAGUUAUUUCUGUAGUCAAUUUCCACACAGUGCUUUGUGUUUGAAAUCAAUCUCUCUCAUGCUAAUAGAAAGAAAAUGGAGAAAAAAAAAAUUUGAAAACUGUUUAAUUAAUUCUGUUUUUGAUAUUUUUAUUAUAUAAAUUGCAUUUGUGUUGCAAAACUCAAUGUGCACACUUCAGGUUUGAGCUAAAAGUUAGAAUUCAUUGCAUAUAUUUUUAUACUUCAGGCUGUACCAUGUUCCCUCUUGUGCCUCAUAGGCCACUGUAAAUCUUUUUAAUAGGGGAUGAAUUGUCAACUACCCAUGUGUGGGUAACCCUCAUUUUGUAUUUUAGAAACCUUUCCUAAAAUUCUGAUCCAGCAAAUACUUAAGCAUCUGGAUUAAUUCCUGUGUUAAAUAGCCCAGUUGAGUUCAGUGGCAUUACUCAUGUCAGGAACAUUAUAUAAAUGCAAGGGCUGUGUGAAGCUUCCUUCACUGAUUCGAUUUGGUAGAGAUUUGGCCCGAUUCAGCAGCCGAAUCUCCAAAUCUGAAUCGACUCAGAAGACCCUUUAAUCUCUCUGAAUCGAACUGGAGAGAUUCAAUGAUUCAGGCAUAAACACAGCUUUGAAAGUUUUUUCUACA